AUGGUUCAUAUCAGUUCUCUCGUCCCUCUCUGCUCAGCCUUGAUAGGCAUGAGCAGAGCAGCUGCUCUGGGGUCUGCCGAGCGAUAUGCUUCUGGCGAAGUCCACGCCUAUAUCAUGGGCAUAAAGAUGGCACAAUGGGACGCCGAGAUCGCGGCCGGUCAAAUGGACAGCUCUCAAUAUCCCGAGCUUGGUUAUACCAAGUGUGAGAAUGGAUUUGCUGCGGCAAUCCCUGGAGAUAAGAAUAACACCUUCAGGUGUAACAAUAUUGACCUCUAUCACUUCUUGUCACACGCAGAUCUGGGUAGCUCUGCUGCUCGAGGCUCAUCCUCGUGGGGAUGGACCUCUGAUGACGGCAGAGAGUUUGUUGCCAUUGGACAAUACGACGGAACAGCUUUCGCGGAAAUCAGUAGUGAGGGCAAGCUAGUGUAUCUCGGUCGGGUGCCUCAAUACGAUCCCAUUGGCUCAAACUGGAGAGAAAUUCGAGUGCUCCGAGGGUAUGCUGUUAUCGGAUCCGAGGCUAUUAAUCACGGUGUCCAGAUCUUCGAUAUGCGCAAGCUCCUCGAUCUCGACCCAGAGAACCCCACCAACUUUACCCAGGAAGAUCUGACAGGCCAUUGGGAUGAGCUCCCCGUCGGACGAACGCACAAUAUCGUCAUCAACGAGGAGCUCAACUAUGCCAUUGCUUCCGGCUCGGUUGGCGGCAACGAAACCAUCAGAGUUAGAGGCGACCUUCCUUGUCGUGGUGGCUUGAUCUUUAUCGACAUGACUGACCCAUCCAAUCCAACUAGCCCAGGCUGUGCAGCUGGUGACGGAUAUGUCCAUGAUGCACAGUGCUUAGUUUAUCGUGGGCCAGACAAGAGAUACGAGGGCCGCGAUAUCUGUUACGGCUACAACGAGGAUACGCUCACGAUCUACGACGUGACUAAUAAAGUCGGCAACACUACAAGCAUCAUCUCGAUUACUACCUUCCCUGGUGCGGAAUACGUUCAUCAAGGUGUUGUCAACGACGAGAUGAACCAAGAAUAUAUUAUUCUUGAUGAUGAAUUUGACGAGCGUGAUGCAGAAGUCGGCCCCAUGACUCGGGGUCUCCCGACAACGCAUAUCUUUGACAUCCGUGACCUCGAGAAUCCACACUAUACCGGAUACUACGCUGGCAAAACCCGUUCUAUUGACCAUAAUCAAUAUGUCGUUGACGGCUACAGCUACCAGUCUAACUACGGCAAUGGACUGAAUGUCUUGGAUAUCCGCUCGUUGCCUGAAGACCCAAGUGGCGGCAGCAUCUGCGAAGCUGGAUUCUUUGAUAUCUAUCCGGAAGACGACGAACUAGAGGGUGGCGGCACGGUCGCGUUCUUAGGGUCUUGGUCUUCAUACGCUUAUUUCAAGUCUGGAUUCAUCCUCGUACACACCAUCGAGCGUGGAACCUUCGUCGUCAAGAUGACCAGCAAGCAAUGCCCCGUUCCCAAGACCUGUGAACCCAGUGAGUGUCUCACGUCGCUGCGCGCCAGUAGUAUUGAGGGCCGCCUUGAAGAGGGCCAGGAGUUCUGCCAUAAUUUCACCAUUCGACAGGUUGAUGACCAGCGUGAGAUUCCCAAAUUCGCUGUUCAGGCUUGUGCGGGAGAAGGCGGGGAAGAGGCUCUAAUUGCUCAAGUCAGCAGUGCCUGUGCCUGUGUCCCAACAAUCGCGGUUCCCGAGCUUCCCAGGACAACCAGUCGGCCACCUGUGCUGACAGUGUUGCCACCUUAA